AUGGCCACCCGUAUAGAAGAGCUCGCCAAACCUAAGCCCGACCUCCUAAAAUACCCUGACCGUCGCUCAGUAUAUUGGCUAGAUGAACUCCCUAAGAAAUCAAAGAGAUCCACAACCUGCUUUGAGCUCACACCUCGCUGGUUCCAUCUGACUCAGCGAAAGACACUUCAUCCAGGUUUCCAGCAGAACAGUAUCUUGCACGCGUCCUCUCACAUAAUCCCAUCCCCUCUCCCUCCAGCCCCCUUUGUUUCUGCACAAACAGCUCUCUGUCUCACUCCUGCUCUGUCGUCUCUCUCUCUCCGUCUUGUUCUCAGGCCAUCUCCAAUGUGGGAGGUGAACGCGGCAGCACUGACAGCCAGUGCCUCUGAUCGCGUUUGCUCCCUCGCCGCGCAUCGUCUGCCCGCUGCAGGCUGGGAGCCUGAUCGCCCCCUGCUGGACACACUGAGUGCAGCUGUACGCAGUGCAGUGCCCACUGACCGAAUCUGCCAGUUAGCUCACCCUAAGAAAGUGGAAACCCUUCCUCCCAGAAACGUGUUGUGGUCCUCCUCGCCUGGCCUGCAGCCUCGAACCCCCUCUGCUCGCAUUCAUCUCCUUGCCAGUGAGUGCCCGGCUUCGUUACACUUCUGUGGUCUGCCAAAGCCUGUACAUCCUGGGUACCAUUUGGACCGGCCAGUGUCAUGGCCAGUACCGGCUCCUGUACGAGAGGCAGUGGUCAGCGACCGGGUGCGGCUGUUAGCCCAGCCCAAACCGAGGGUGGCACUGUUCGAGGGAUUCAACCCCUUCCGUGUUCGCCAGUCAGCCCGCAAUGCCCAGGCGUCGCCUCGGAUCCUGGAGCUGAGCGUACCACUGCCACGCAAAUGCAAAGCAAAGUAG